UUAUAUCGAUGUAAGAUAUCACACAUUAUCGACACCACGUUAUUUAGCAUGUGUCUAGGAUUUGGAUAAAUAAAAGUGCAAUUAUUCACAAACAAAAAUGCCUAAACACAAAAAGUUCGAUUCCGACGAAGACAGUGAUGCUGAAGAAGAGAGAAGUGAUCUGGAAAGCGAGAAAGAAGAAGUAAGAAGUGAAGAUGAAGAUUUACUGGUUGAGAGUGACUCAGACGCGGAACCUGAGGACAUCUCGUUCAGCGCAGGGAGAACUGCAGCUCUCACCAAAGUCAAGGAUACCUUGAAACAGAUGGAAGGAGAGAGGGUGAAAUUAAAAGAAAAGAGAAGAAAGCAACAGGAAAUGCAUAUGCUUCAGAAGAAACAGAAGCUGGAUGCCUUGUCCCAAAAGCGACUUCCAGAUAACCUGCUACAAAGUUUGUCAAAAGGACCUGUGAUAAAAAGGAGGAAAGACGGAAUGACAGAAGGUCAAGAGGUAGAGGAGAAAGAACGACUGUCAGGGGAAGAAAAAGAUGAUGAAGUUGAGGAGCAGGGUUACGUCCCUCUCAAUUCCAGCAGUGCCAACUUUGAAGUGUUGUCGUUAAAGCAUGAUCUGAAGUCGCUCAGUAACAAAACCCAGACAGCCGCAGAGUUCAAGCAGGCACUCCUGUACGGAGGCAGAAUACACAGGGAAUCAGUUAAGGCUCAGCGUGCAAAGACAACAAAAAGGAAAGCCAGAUUCAAAUGAUACUAGCAGGAAGAUUAGCGGUGACUUUACUUCAGUGAAGAGCUUGAAAGAUUUGUCAUGGCUGUUAUCUUAUUGUUUUUCCGUGACACACACAUCCAUCAGAAUAACUGACACGCCAGUCUUAAAGGGAUAAUAACUCUUCGUAUGAAAUCUGCAUUUCACAAUAAAAACA